AUGAAUUAUCUUGAUCAAUACGAGGACUUUUUGUUAAAGAAUGCUUCACAAAUUACUGGCAUAGAAGCCUCCUUACGAUCCCUUACAUACAUUCUCCCUGGUCGAUUCCACGAUGCAGAAUUCGCUUCCCAAGCAAUAUACGCAGCUUUGAAUCUCUUGGGUCUCUACCACAAUGCAAUCUUGAGACGAGCAGCACACCACCAUGCGAAUGAAACCCAAUCAGAGCACGAAGAAUCUGCUUUCAACAAGUAUAUCAACUUUUGGUCAAGCCAAUCACCUCUUCACAAGCGUUGUUCUGCGCUCUUGUCUGUUAUUUCUUAUACCCAAGUGCUUAUGGAGAUGGCAGUGUACAAAAAAUGGGGUCAAAAGGCGCAUUGGCGUUGGAUUGGGGCACUGGAAGCCAUCAAGACCGUAUUACGACUUACGAUCUUCAAGUUGACAUCCAAUCGCAUGUGUCUGUAUCCACCUCAUUUACAACGUGACAUUGAUCCCGCCACACUGGAGCGUAAUCGCUCAACAUCCACGACCCCAGAGCGCUGGAAGGGUAAACGUUCAGGUGUGGAAAUGCCUCGCAUGGAUGCGACAAUCGAAUUGGAAGGAGGCAACAAUACUUUCAAAAGGAACAACAUGGGAGGCAUCCAUCCACGACGCAAGUUUGCCGAUGUCACCGAUUAUCUCAUGUCCAAGGUGUUGACACCUGAAAAAUUACGACGACCCGAUCAAAUGGUUCAUAUCAUGAAUGCCCUUGGUGCAUCAGGUGAAGUCCUUUACAUCCUUCGACCGCUGCUCUAUGUGCUUGCGGUGCUCAAAUAUGGACGUUUAUCCUGGAAACCAUGGUUACUCUCCUUGGCCAUUGAAGUCAUGUCCCAAACAAUGGUACGUCAAGCUUUUGAGCCUCCACAUGGUGGUCGAUCCAAUAUGAUGCCAUUGGAAAAGCAAGAAUACGCUCGUCGUUUGAAGCUACUUUGGCUCAACCUCUUGCGAGGUGCAUUCUAUAUCCGUAUUACCAGACCACGUUUGGAACGAUUCUGCAAUUCGGUGGAGAACAAGCCUGUGUUAUCACUUGUAUCAGGCAUUCUUCGCGAUUACUUGCCUUUGUGGGAGAACAUCUACUUUUACACGUCAUCUUCUUAA